AUUUGAAAUCCAAUAAGGCGUUUGGUCUUCAAUUGAAAUUUUAUUUAAACAUUCAUAAAAGGUCCAACUAAUAGACAUGUCACAAAACAAUAAACCGACACUGCAUAUCUGGCUCUUGGGGGACGAGUUCGUUGGAAAAACUUCAUUGGCAUGUCGAUAUAACAAUGAACAAUAUUCUGGUAAAUACAGAAAAACGAUUGGAGCGGAAAUAUUUAGAAAGGAUUUGAAUCUAAAUGACAAUUUGGUUUCCCUGGUGAUUUGGGACACAUCUGGGUAUGAUGGAUUUAAAAAAAAGCACACGCCAUUCCUUAGAUCAGCCGAUUGCUGCAUUUUUGUCUUUGAUGUUACGUAUCGGAAAUCAUUUGAAAGUCUUAAUUUUUGGCGGGAUGAAUUUUUUCUAAGAGCAGAAAAGAACCCUAAUGAAUUCCCGGUUGCUCUUGUGGGUACUAAAAUUGACUUGGAAAAUGAAAGAGAAGUGUCAAAACAAGAGGCUGAAGAUUGGUGUAAAUCGUUCUCAAUUCCCUACUUUGAGUGCUCCGCGAAAGAUGACAUAAAUGUGCAAGAGGUGUUUGAAGCGAUGACAGCCAAACUUGCAAUGAAAUGUAUUCCAAAAGGAAUUAGGAUAUGCAAUAAUAAAUAA